UGUAUUACAAAUUGACGUGGUGGAGACUGGUGCUUGCUCAGAUUUUGCAGCCUUGUUGAACCACUAUCCGAUUUAAUUCGACUCGACUACUGUGAAUUCGCACUUUUUUUUUUAUGAAAGAUUGACAAGCUUCCAAAUUCUAGGCCGAAAAUGACUCCAUUUGUUAUCCACUACAAUCCACUGUCAAAGCAACGUCAAGAGACCCUUUGGUGUUCAUCAAGCUUGAGAACUCAAGUCACGAUCAUUAGCAUUCGUUCAGCUCCGCUCUGCCCUGCCCGUACUGAAUUUUUUCAUUUCAGCUUCCACAGCAUUUUUUUUUUUUUUUCAUUCGUCGAUUGCUUCUGCCUGAAAAUGAAAGUAGAGAGCGAGAGCGUGUAUGCAAGCCACGGAUAUGUGCCGUACAAUGUGCGCAGUCCGAAGGAGCGGAAAGAUUUAUACGAUGUUGUAAUGGGAGUGGCCGCCGGACAGCGCGACGACGAAUUGAAAGCACAGUACCUACAACAUGACAGAGCUGCCGGGUACUGGCCACUUGUAACAGCCGAAGGUCUGGCUCACCGACAUCCUGGUUACUCUGACAUAUGGCCGCCAGAUCGAUCAGCCAAUAUGAUUGGAAUUGAGCAGGAACCUAUACCCGAUAAUAACACGCUAGAAAAUAUACCAGAAGACCAAAAGGACAAGUCGUUCGAAAUAGGAACCCAAAUGUUGCGAGAGGAAUUUUUUGGCAUGUUCGAAAAACACCAGCGCAGAAUUGGACUAUGGGACACCGUACUGGAUCUUGAUUCCGAAAAAUAUCACAAGGUGCGAAAGUUCUAUGAAGAACGACUAAACCAUGCUUUUAGCAUGUUGGCAGAAGUCAUCGAUCUCAUGGUAUCUGUCAGAAAGGUCAGCAGCCGCUCUAGUAUUAAUUGGAAGGAAGCCGACAUGCUACCCCCUACGUUCCCUAAAGGCUUGAGAUACAGUACAGAGACCUUCGACUGGAGAGUUGUAUUGCACAGCUGUGAGCAUCUUCCCAUUCCACCAUGUAUUCUUCAGAGAACACAACGUAGACUAGAGCACCUAUAUUCUGUGGCAGAUUUCGACCCAUCUGCUAGAAUCAAACCACGUAACAAGGCAAAGCAUGAAAUUACUAAGAAAGACUCUAUGGAACCUGAACACAUAAAGUUUGAGGCAGCUGAGAGUUCCGAGGGUGAUGAAAUGUGAAUUUACUUCACUUUCGUAUGCAUCGCCCCAGUUACCCUAUAAUGAUGAACAAAUCAAUGUACAUAACAGACAAAUUGUAAUAAAAGGAAGUCCUCAAUAUAAAUCAUUUUCGAGUAUUCUUCCACGGUAG